AUGCUACAGCUUCUAGGAGCCAAGGGCAAGAGUUGUGAGCUAGAUGGACACCAAAAGUGGAUGAGCAGCCCUGAAGGAAGUUCUACAAAGCCUUCAUACCAGAGAUUUCUAGCUACUGGACCUCAAAUUCCAGUUUCCUGCUUUCAGAAACGAUUUGGAUUGUUGUUCUUUCUUUAUGCAUUGGUGGUGAAUGUUUCUGCAUCCACCAUUCAGCUCCAGGAAAGCACAGAAAACUGCCAGUAUUUGGGAGAGAAUUUUAAAAGAUUGAAGGUAGAAGGCGAGCCUGUGGUCCUGAGGAUUUUUCUGGAGAAUUUCUUCAAUUUCCCCUAUAACCUAUCAUGGCAUAAAAAUGAUUCAGAGAAGACUGUUCUAGGAGUGGACAAAUCAGGCAGAACAUGGAUAAAAGGCAAUGCCCUCUGGAUUGUGCCGGCUUCAGUGGAGGACACAGGAACUUACAUUUGCACCAUUAGGAAUGAAUCUUAUUGUGCCACAAAAUCUAUUGAGUUAGAGGUCUUAAAGAAGACAAAAGCUUCUCCAAAAUUAAUUUCCUAUCGCCAAACUGUAGUCUCUUCAAGUCCUGGAAAGAUAGUGUGCCCUGAAAUAAAUGAUUUUAUCCGAAACACAAAUAAAAUGGAAAUAAAAUGGUAUAAGGAUUCAGUUCUUUUGGAUGAAAGCAACAAGAAGUUCUCAGUAUUGAAAGGAUCCAUUUACUGCCAUAUAUACAAUGUGUCCCUGAGCAACUCUGGUUAUUACACCUGUGAGGUUCCGUUUGUCCACGGAAAUGUGAAGUAUAACAUCACCAGGCACAUUAACCUCCGUGUCCUGAAAAAAAAGGAGGAGACCAGGCCUGUGAUUAUCUCACCCAAUAAGACAAUUUCGACUUCUCUUGGUUCAAAACUGAUAAUUCCCUGCAAAGUAUUUGUCGGCUCAGGCCCAAAGUCUACAACGCUUUUGUGGUGGACAGCGAACAACACUUUUGUGGAUAAAAUGUUUAAAGAAGGCCGAGUGAAGGAAGGACAACACCAUACAUAUUUAGAAAACAAUAAAAGUUACGUUGAAGCACCUCUGAUAUUUGAUUCAGUGGAAAAGAAGGAUUUGUACACUGAAUUUAUAUGUACGGCCAGGAACAGACUGGGAUACCAGACAUUGCGUGCAAGAGUUAAAGAAGGCUACACGAUUUUUAGAAUUGAAAGGCAUUACAAGUAGGUCCUCUGAUUGGAGGGCUGGAGGGCAAAGCAAAGAACUCCUCCAUUUAAAGAGGACCCAGGCCAGCUGUCACAUCAUUUCCUGCUCGACUACACUGCUUUGGACUGGACUCCACUGUGCCCACAGGAACCUCAUCAUCAGGAAACUUAUGGUCCUGCAGGAUUCCAUCAGCCACCAGCUCAUCCGUCAUCAGUACCCUCAAUGCCUUCUGGUUUCUUCUGCUUGGGGGGCUGGAGGGUGGUGCAAAGCUUCCCAAACCUGCAUUUACAAGGGGUUCCCAGAACAGCAAUCUUUUUAUUUUCUUAUCCACCUGUAUUCCUUUGGAGUGGAUCCUAUCAUGGCCCCCCAUAGGGUACUUCCUCUCACCCCAUCCACCAACCCCUGCCUUAAAAAAAAGUGUACUCCUAGCACACAGCACGUUGCCUGAUGUAGAGUAGACACAAUAAAUGUUUAUUGACUGGCAUGACCUAUA